AGCAGAGAGAGGCUAUGAGAAUGGAGCGCAUGGAUCGGCUGGAAUAACAACCUUUCUGAACUAUUUUGAAACUUCGAAAACUCAAUAAACAAUCAUGGAUACGAGUAUUCUGGGUUUCUUGCUGUUGUAUUCGCCCUUUCUAAGCGUCGGAGCCCAAUUCCCAGCCGGCGGCUGCACCUUCGACGACGGCCCGGCGCAGUGCGACUACCAGCAGGACCCGUACGAUGACUUCGACUGGACACAUGUCAGCGCCCAGGAGGUCCCUUACCUGUCCCCCGAGCUCCCCCAAGGUUCCUACAUGAUGGUGGACUCGUCCCAGCACGACACUGGGGAGAAGGCUCGCCUCCAGCUGCCCGUCAUGAAAGAGAACGACACCCACUGCAUCGAUUUCAACUACCUGCUGUACAGCCAGGACGGCUCCAGUCCCGGCACGCUCAACAUCCUGGUCAAGGUCAACAAGGGCCCUCUGGCCAACCCCAUCUGGAACGUGACGAGCUACACGGGCAAAGAGUGGCUCCGGGCGGAGCUGGCCAUCAGCACCUUCUGGCCCAACGAGUAUCAGGUCGUAUUUGAGGCGGAGGUCUCGGAUGGCAAGACGGGCUUCAUUGCGAUUGAUGACAUCCAGGUUCUGAGCUAUCCAUGUGACCGAUCGCCUCACUUCCUGCGUUUGGGCGACGUGGAGGUCAACGCCGGCCAGAACGCCACGUUCCAGUGCAUCGCCACCGUCCGAGAUGUGAAGAACAAGCUGUGGCUGCAGAAAAGGAAUGGUGAUGACAUCCCCGUCGCAGAGACGAAGACCAUCAGCAAUCGCAGGUUCGCGGCGUCCUUCAGGCUGAAGGAGGUGACCAAUCACGAUCAGGAUCUCUAUCGCUGUGUGACCCAGUCGGAGAGAGGUUCUGGAGUGUCCAACUUUGCCGGACUCAUCGUCAGAGAGCCCCCUAGGCCCAUUGCUCCACCUCAGCUGCUGGGCGUAGGGCCGACCUACCUCCUGAUCCAGCUCAACGCCAACUCCAUCUUCGGCGACGGGCCCAUCAUCCUCAAAGAGGUGGAGUACCGCAUGACGUCCGGCAGCUGGACGGAGACCCACGCCGUCAACUCGCCCAACUACAAGCUCUGGCACCUGGACCCGGACACCGAGUACGAGAUCCGCGUCCUGCUCACCCGGCCCGGGGAGGGCGGCACCGGGAGACCGGGACCGGCACUCGUCACCAGAACCAAGUGUGCCGAGCCAAUGCGGACGCCCAAGAGCUUGAAGAUCGCCGAGAUCCAGGCCCGGUUCAUUGCGGUGGACUGGGAGUCGCUGGGCUACAACAUCACCCGCUGCCACACCUUCAACGUGACCAUCUGCUACCACUACUACAACACCCACAACCAGACCAAGGCCGAGUGCCUGGACAUGGACCCCAAGGCGCCGCGCCACGUGGUGGGCAACCUGCCGCCCAACACCAACGUCAGCCUCAAGAUGAUCCUCACCAACCCAGAGGGGCGCAAGGAGAGCGAAGAGACCAUCAUACAGACCGAAGAGGAUGUGCCUGGCCCCGUGCCCAUUCUGUCCAUGACGGCCAAACCGUCCGAAGAUCGCAUCUCCCUGAACUGGACGGAGCCGCUGGAACCCAACGGAAUCAUCACUCAGUAUGAGAUCAGCUGCAGCAGCGUGCGCUCGUUCGACACGUCGGUGCUGAUGCGGCCGCCGCUGAUCGUGGCGCUGCCCUGGAACACCACCAGGCACGACUUCUCGCAGCUCCACCCGGGCACCACCUACCAGUUCAUCAUCCGCGCCAGCACCGUCAAGGGCUUCGGACCGCCCACCACCCUCAACGUCACCACCAACAUCUCAGCUCCUACUCUGCAGGAGUACGACAGUACCGAGGCCUCCCUGAAUGAGACGGCCACCACCAUCACCGUCCUCCUCAAGCCUGCCCAGGCCAAGGGCGCUCCUAUCAGUGCUUAUCAGAUCGUGGUGGAGGAGCUCAACCCUCACCGUUCGCGGCGCGAGGCCAGCUCCACCAACUGCUACCAGAUCCCCGUGUCCUACCAGAGCGCGUCCAGCGGAGGACUGCCGUACUACUUUGCCGCCGAGCUGCCCCCCACCAAGCUGGUGGAGCCCAUGGGCUUCACGGUGGGGGACAACAAGACCUACCGCGGCUUCUGGAACCCUCCGCUGGCGCCCAGGAAGAACUACAACAUCUACUUCCAGGCCGUCAGCAGCGUGGAGAAGGAAACCAAAACUCAGUGUCUGCGAUUGGCAACGAAAGGAGCCACGGAGGAGCCAGAGGUGAUCCCCGACCCGGCCAAGCAGACGGACCGGGUGGUGAAGAUCGCUGGCAUCAGUGCCGGGGUGCUGGUCUUCAUCCUGCUGGUCCUGGUGGCCAUCCUGCUGGUCAAGAAGAGGAGGAGCUACUAUUCUUAUUCAUACUACCUGAAACUGGCCAAGAAGCGCAAAGACGCCAUCGGCAGCACCCGGCAGGAGAUGACCCACAUGGUCAACGCCAUGGACCGGAGCUACGCCGACCAGAGCACCAUGCACGCCGAGGACCCCAUGUCGGUCACGUUCAUGGACUCGCACAACUUCAGCAACAGGUACGAGAAUCACACGGCGGCGGCAGCGGCCGAGUCCAGUCGUCUGCUGGACGUGCCGCGCUACCACUGCGAGGGCACGGAGUCGCCCUACCAGACGGGCCAGCUGCACCCGGCCAUCCGCGUGGCCGACCUGCUCCAGCACAUCAACCUGAUGAAGACCUCCGACAGCUACGGCUUCAAGGAGGAGUACGAGAGUUUUUUUGAGGGCCAGUCUGCUUCCUGGGACGUGGCAAAAAAAGAGCAAAACAGAACCAAGAAUCGCUAUGGAAACAUCAUCGCCUAUGAUCAUUCUAGAGUCAUUCUCCAGCCAAUGGAAGACGACCCCUCCUCCGACUACAUAAACGCCAACUACAUUGACAUAUGGCUGUACAGGGAUGGUUAUCAGAGGCCAAGCCACUACAUCGCCACUCAAGGUCCUGUGCAUGAGACUGUGUACGACUUCUGGAGGAUGAUCUGGCAAGAGCAGUCUGCUUGCAUCGUCAUGGUAACCAACCUGGUGGAGGUUGGACGGGUAAAAUGUUAUAAGUACUGGCCAGAUGACGCGGAGGUGUAUGGUGAUUUCAAAGUGACGUUUGUCGAAGUGGAGCCACUGGCAGAGUAUGUCGUCAGGACGUUCACCUUGGAGAGGAGAGGCUUCAACGAGGUGCGGGAGGUGAAGCAGUUCCACUUCACCGGCUGGCCCGACCACGGAGUGCCGUACCACGCCACCGGCCUGCUGUCCUUCAUCCGCCGGGUCAAGAUGUCCAACCCGCCCGGCGCCGGGCCCAUUGUGGUCCACUGCAGUGCUGGAGCUGGAAGGACGGGCUGUUACAUAGUGAUCGACAUCAUGCUGGACAUGGCCGAGAGGGAGGGGGUGGUGGACAUCUACAACUGUGUCAAGGCCCUGCGCUCUCGUCGCAUCAACAUGGUCCAGACAGAGGAGCAGUACAUCUUCAUCCAUGACGCCAUCUUGGAGGCCUGUCUCUGUGGGGACACGGCCAUCCCGGCCUGCGAGUACAAAGCUGCCUACUACGACAUGAUCAGGAUAGACUCUCAGAGCAACUCCUCACACCUCAAAGAUGAAUUCCAGACCCUGAACUCCGUGACGCCCCAGCCACAGCCCGAAGACUGCAGCAUCGCCUUGUUGCCACGCAACCACGAGAAGAACCGCUUCAUGGACAUGUUGCCGCCUGACCGUUGCCUGCCUUUCCUCAUCACCAUUGACGGCGAGAGCAGCAACUACAUCAAUGCCGCCCUCAUGGAUAGCUACAGACAGCCGGCUGCCUUCAUCGUGACUCAGCACCCAUUGCCCAACACGGUGAAGGACUUCUGGAGGCUCGUCUACGACUACGGAUGCACGUCGAUAGUCAUGCUGAAUGAGAUUGACCUGGCACAGGGUUGCCCACAGUAUUGGCCUGAGGAAGGUAUGCUUCGGUACGGCCCUGUUCAAGUUGAAUGUAUGUCCUGUUCCAUGGACUGUGAUGUCAUCAGUCGUCUUUUCAGAAUAUGUAACCUGACCAGACCUCAGGAGGGCUACCUGAUGGUGAGGCAGUUCCAGUAUCUGGGCUGGGCAGCACACAGGGAGGUUCCGGCGUCCAAGCGCUCCUUCCUCAAGCUCAUCCUCCAGGUGGACAAGUGGCAGGACGAGUGUGAGGAGGGAGAGGGCCGCACCGUGGUGCAUUGCCUGAAUGGAGGAGGACGCAGUGGAAUGUUCUGUGCCAUCAGCAUCGUGUGUGAGAUGAUCAAGAGGCAGAAUGUGGUGGAUGUGUUCCACGCCGUCAAGACGCUGAGGAACAGCAAGCCCAACAUGGUGGACAGCCCAGAACAGUAUCGCUUCUGUUAUGACCUUGCUUUGGAGUACAUUGAGACGUCGUAAGGAGGACAAUGGCGACAAGUGUAUUGCUGUGCAGCGUUCCCAUCUGAAGACCCAUUCUUGGGGCCGCCUCUUGGCUCUCUUUUUGUUUUGUAUUUUUUGUUUUUGUUUUGUUUUUUUUUAACGAGGCCGUUAGUUCUUGUCAUUUUUUUUUUUUUUUUUAAAGACAUAAUCGUUCUCUAUGUGUACUGGGCGUAUGAUGUGAGUGGCUUGUAAAUGUCUCAAUUGUACUAUACCGUGUUCAGUGCCACAGAAUCAAGUGCUGGCCACUAGGCCUUGUUUGCUUCAUGUCUCCUUUUUUGCAUUUUAAGGUUUUAAUUGUUGUUGUUUUGUUUUUAUUUUUUUCUUGUUUUUAAAGAAAAAAUAAAUUGUGCAGCCAUUGUAAAAGGGUAAUUCUAAUGCCAGUCAGUGUAUUGCAUGCUAAAAUGUUUUCUUCUAUAUUGCCAUUAUUGUCCAUGAACAAUAUAUAAUGAUAUCUAUCUAUAUCUAUAUUUAUAUCUAUGAUAUAAAUCCAUCACAAAUGUGAAAGAAAAAAUGCGCUUUUUAUGGAUAAAUACUGUACAAGUGCUAACGUGUAACAUUGGCUUGGUAAUGUCCGUAUCGUGCACUGAUGGCUGACCUUGUUUUAUUUUUGUUUUGUAGCAGAUAUUAAUCAUAAGCCAAAGACUUAUGUACAUAUGUCUAUAUGGAUAAGCACAUUGUUUGUAUUUAUUGUUGUUUACUUUGCAUUCCUUUUUGAAGGCUAAAAACAAUCAUUGUCAUUCCCUGUUUACUCUGAAUUCAAAAUGUACACAUUUAUUGUAGCUUUUUGUUUUUAAAGUUGUUUUUUAUUGCUUUGGUUUUGGUUAUAGAAUGUUUUUUUAGUUAAUGUUCUAUCCUUCACCGUGAUGUUACAGUGGUCAGGUCAUGUAAAUGAUUGUGAAUUCUACCCACUCAAGAUAGGUUACCAUAAGGUCAAGAAGAGACCUAAGAGUUCUAUUUUUUCUGAUGUUUUCACAACUGUAUUAGGAAGUUUUUGAAAGAAACACAAAGAAAUUGAGUGUACAGUAUUAGGCAUGGCAUAUUAGGACUAAAGCCAAUGAAAGUAAUGCACAGCCAGCUAUGUUGGCAUCAGAACUGAAUGCACAUUUGAAAAGUAAAGAAAACAAUUCAUUAUGUGAAGUUUAAAUCAUGUCUCAUCUUUCCAUCUGUAGUAGUUGGCUUACUGGCUGUAACUCUAAAAUAGUAAAAAAAAAAAAAAAGUCUUUGAAUAAAAAAAAAUUAAAUAUG